UAAGGGACUAUAAUUGUAAAGAAAAAACCUAGUUCGUCCGAACAAAGACGCGCAUGCGCGCCUAACGUCUAGCCAUAGACCAUAGUUUUUUAGUUUAUCACUAUUUUCGCGCCAUUUUGUACAACUGUCAUCACAACUCAAGCGCAAGCAGGCCAAGUUGAUUGUUUAGUAUUUUUUUCCGCUGUAUACUUUAAAUUAUCUAUCAAUAAAACGUAAAUUAUCUCAAGAAUACAAUGGCUAUGCGAGAUUACGCAGCAGACAAAGAAACACUGAAGAAUUUUUUUGUGGACUUCUGCCAGACCGAUGACGAGGGGAAUAAGCACUUUAAAUAUGCUGAACAACUCACCAGAGUCUCUCACAGGGAGCAGGUGGCCUUUACCGUGGAGCUGGACGACCUGCACGAAACAAAUGAAGAUCUGGCCGAGGCCGUGCGCCAGAACACGCGUCGAUACACGAGCAUGGUGUCAGACGUAGUGUAUGAGAUGCUACCCGACUACAAACACAGAGAGGUUGCUGCUAAAGAUGCAUUAGAUGUAUAUAUUGAGCACCGCAUUGUACUGGAGGCACGGAACCACAGGAUCCCAGGGGAGAUGAGGGAUCCCAGGAAUCGGUACCCUCCAGAGCUGAUCAGACGAUUUGAAGUGUACUUCAAAGAUCUGUCUAGUGCAAAGUCUGUACCAAUCAGAGAAGUGAAGGCUGAACAUAUUGGCAAAUUGACAACAGUAAGAGGCAUAGUGACACGGUGCACGGAGGUGAAGCCGCUGCUAGUGGUGGCCACGUACUCGUGCGCCGCGUGCGGAGCUGAGACCUACCAGCCGGUGCGCGCGCUGCACUUCACGCCGCCUCCCGCUUGCGCCGCCGACGCCUGCCGCCUCAACAACGCCGCCGGACAGCUGCACCUGCAGACGCGUGGCUCGCGCUUCCAGAAGUUCCAGGAGAUCAAGAUACAGGAACAUUCCGACCAAGUGCCGGUGGGGCACAUCCCGCGGCAGCUGGCCGUGUACUGCCGCGGCGAGCAGUGCCGGCGCGCGCAGCCCGGCGACCACGUGGCCGUCACUGGCGUCUUCCUGCCGCUCCUGGGCGCCGGCUUCCGCCAGAUCAUGCAGGGGCUACUCUCCGACACCUACCUAGAGGCGCACGGCGUGACGUGCGUGAACCAGAGCGACGAGUGCGAGAGCGAGGGGGCGCUGUCAGAGGAGGAGCUGGCCGAGCUGGCGGAGGAGCAGCUGUACGCGCGCAUGGCGCGCUCGCUGGCGCCCGAGAUCUACGGCCAUGAGGACGUCAAGAAGGCGCUUCUCCUGCUGCUGGUCGGCGGCGUCGACAGGCGGCCGAACGGUAUGAAGAUCCGCGGCAACAUCAACAUCUGCCUGAUGGGCGACCCGGGCGUGGCCAAGUCGCAGCUGCUCAACUACAUCGACCGGCUGGCGCCGCGCAGCCAGUACACCACCGGCCGCGGCUCCUCGGGCGUCGGGCUCACUGCCGCCGUCAUGAAGGACCCGUUCACAGGCGAGAUGAUGCUGGAAGGCGGCGCGCUGGUGCUGGCCGACCAGGGCGUGUGCUGCAUCGACGAGUUCGACAAGAUGGCGGACGCCGACCGCACCGCCAUCCACGAGGUCAUGGAGCAGCAGACCAUCAGCAUCGCUAAGGCGGGCAUAAUGACGUGCCUGAACGCGCGCGUGUCGAUCCUGGCGGCCGCGAACCCGGCCUACGGCCGCUACAACCCCAAGCGCAGCGUCGAGCAGAACAUCCAGCUGCCCGCGGCGCUGCUGUCACGGUUCGACCUGCUGUGGCUCAUCCGCGACCAACCUAAUCGCGAGAAGGACCUGGAGCUAGCGAAGCACAUCACGUACGUGCACCAGCACGGCGCGCAGCCGGCGGCCGAGACGCGCGCGCUGUCCAUGCGCCUCGUGCGCCGCUACGUGGCGCUCGCGCGCCGCAAGCAGCCCGUCGUGCCCCGCCACCUCGCCGACUACAUCGUCUCGUCAUACGUGGAGCUGCGGCGGGAGGCACGCAACGCGCGUGACGUCACCUUCACCUCUGCAAGGAACUUGCUUGCAAUCCUGCGCCUCUCCACCGCUUUGGCCCGUCUCAGAUUGUCGGACGUAGUAGAAAAAGAAGAUGUUUCAGAAGCCAUCCGCCUCGUGGAGAUGUCUAAACAGUCGCUACAGCAUAUUGACGAAAAUUUCCAAAGGGGCAUCAGCUCGACGGACCGCAUCUUCGCGGUGGUGCGCGAGCUUGCGGACGCCAGCCAGACCGUGAAGAUCGCCGACGUCAUAGAGCGCUGCGUGGACAAGGGGUUCAAACCCGACCAGGUGGAGGCGUGCAUCGAGGAGUACGAGAACCUGAACGUGUGGCAGGUCAACCAGGUGCGCACCAAGAUCACCUUCAUGUGACCUGGUUUUAUUUACUCUCUAAUGUUAUGUUACGAGUACCUCUUAUUUUCGAUGCAUUUAAAUUGUCGACGCUUUACGAUCUUACAUUAUUUGAAUUAAGAAGUCUAAGCAUUAUGUUCUCUAUUUUAAAGGACUAUGCAUCAAAAUGGUCUGAAAACCAACAACGCUGAGAAGUAUCUCAUUUAAUAGACCUCUUCAUGUACUUGUCGAUCGAUCUGAUGUUUAUGUUGUUCCAUCCGCUUGGCGAAUGCAGCAGAUGGGAUGACCGCUUUGACUAACCGAUAUGGUCGUGCUUCCCGAAUAUUCCCGAUAAUACUCACUUCUUAGGUCUCCGGCUCACACUACGCUGGACAGCGUGGCGCGAAACUCGAUUCGAGCACUUAUUUACUUUGCCUGUUUAUCAAAUGCCGACGAACACUCUACCCACUUCAUGUGGGUACUUACAAAAACCUUAUAAGUAACUGGAGCAUAAUUAUCUUCGCGCGAGCGCGGGUGAAGUCAAGUAUAGACACAUCCAGCGUAACAUGAGCGAGCCGUCUACAAACUGUGCAUAAUCGAGAAGCCCGCCUAUACUGGUUGUUUUACUUGGACAAACCUUCCUCCUCGCUCGCCCAGCGGUUUGGAACAUCUGCUUUGCAGCAAUUCAUUUACUCGUUUACUUAUUUAGCCAAUAUUUCUAAUGUGAACUCAAGUGUCGAGGUAAUGUCAUGGAGUGGUUAUGGCAUUAACUUUUGACAAUAUCUCAGUUCUGCCACGGAAUGUUGCUUGGUGCCUUUAUAAUGAAAUGAAGUAGGCAAAGAUACCUGUUGAAUGACCUAUCUCUAACUCUGUUGUUUUUUAGACCAAGCUCCAUACAAUGGUCCAUGGUCCUUUGUAAUCACUAUUUAAUUAUGAAACAUCACCAAGUGCCCGUCGUUAACAACAACGCAUUCUAUAAAUGUUUAAAAGUCACCCAUCACAUUAUCUGGACAAAUAUGCAAGCAGAAUAAUUGUUUUUUCUUUUUUUUAGUUUUGUAGAGUGCAUCAUUAUUUUACGGACUACUACCAUUAUUCAUAAGCGUUGUACGUCUAUUGUAGUACAAAUAGGUCUAAACCUCUAACCGGCCGGACAUCAAAACUUUCAGGACAAAUUAAUUUUCGAUAUGUCAAAAUUUUGAUAAAAUUAGAAUGGAAUUUGUGACCUUUAUAUAUGCCUCUGGGCGGCUAGAGGUUUACAUUUGAUUUUAAUUCAUUUUACAAUUUGUAGGUAAUGUGAAUAUUUUAAAUACUACAAACUACACUUACUAAAAUGCAAACGCUUUAUGAAUAUUGGACUUAUUUACUAUUUUACUGUUUAUCAUAAUUCCAUUUUUUUAUUGUUAAAUAAAUGUGAUUCGUAAAUAAAUAAGUUUUAUUGAA